UCAGUGCCAGAGUUUUGUGUUAAUUGAUACGGGGCUUUGGGCAGUAGCUGCUUUCUAUCUGAACAAAUCUUGAGAAGUGAUUACACCAUGGCAACUAAAGAGCCCCCAGAUCCGCCAGCAGAUUGCCCCUUUUCAGGCAGAGUCACCAAGAACUCCAUCACUGUAGUGUGGCCAGGUACAACAUAUGAUGGCGGUAGCAUUGUUACAGGGUACAUUGUGGAAAUGCAGAAGAAGGGAGAUAAAACGUGGAAAGUUCUUACAAAGGACGUAUUUAGUACAUCUUACCAAGCUACUGGCUUGAAGGAAAAUGAAGAAUAUCUCUUUCGUGUGAGCUGUGUUAAUUCAUCAGGCGCUAGUAAACCAAGUGCUGUAUCCGAACCAAUAAAGGCUACUGAUGAAGGAGGUGAUGAAGCUAAUGAGGAAGAUGAACCAGAUGAGCAAGCUUUCGAGGCCAGAGAUGUCAAAGUAAGGAAUACAAACGUAAAGGAAUUUUAUCAAAUAAAAGAAGAAUUGGGAAGGGGUAAAUUUGGUACUGUUAACAAAUGUGUGGAGAAAAAGACCAAAAAAAUUCUGGCUGCUAAGUUUAUCAAGGUGAAUUCCAAAGCUGACAGAGAUGAAGUCGAAAAUGAAAUUUCCAUCAUGCAAAUUUUACAACAUCCAAAACUAUUGCAGUUGUACGAUGCAUUUGCCACGGGAGACAGUCUUGUACUUAUUUUAGAAUUUGUAUCUGGUGGAGAAUUGUUUGAACGUGUAGUUGCUGAAGAUUUCCAGCUUACAGAAAAAGAAGCUGUAUUCUUCUUGAGACAAAUCACAGAAGGAGUAGAGUUCAUGCAUGAAAAACAUAUUCUUCAUCUGGACAUGAAGCCAGAAAAUAUUCUCUGUGUCAGACCAAAGAGUAAUAAAAUCAAGAUCAUUGAUUUUGGUUUGGCCAGAAAAUACAAUCCUAAAGAAUCCCUUAAAGUCAUGUUUGGUACACCUGAAUUUGUAGCACCUGAAGUCAUCAAUUAUGAUCAGAUCUCAGAAGCUACAGAUAUGUGGAGUGUGGGUGUAAUCUGUUAUGUUUUACUAAGUGGCCUGUCACCAUUCAUGGGGGAUAACGAUGCUGAAACUAUAUGUAAUGUAACGACGGCGGAAUGGGAUUUUGAAGACGAGUCGUUUGAUGAAAUCUCUGAUGCAGCUAAAGAUUUCAUAGAAAAGCUACUAGUUCUCGAUCCAAGGGAAAGAAAUCUUGCAAAAGAUUGUCGAGAGCAUGAUUGGUUGAAGAAAGACGUAGCUAGCUCUCACAAAAUCUCCAAAGCCAGAAUCAGAAGGUUUUUGGCCAGAAGAAAAUGGCAGAAAGCUUUUAACGCCGUCAGAGCCUUAACACGUAUGGGGAAAUUAUCACUGUGAUUGUCUUUCUUUGAGUGCUGUAUACUACUUUUCUUUCUCUCAUUGAGAGUUUGCAUUUUUCCUAUCUUUUAACAGGGUUUUUGCACACAAAAUAAUAAAAACCCAACUGUCACUGUCUGUAUCUAUACUGUGAAAAUACCUGGGCCCAGUUUUCUUCAUCAAUAUUGGGGUUUUGUCUUUCGUAAGACGCAAGAACGUAGACAGUUGAUUUUUGCAGUUAUCGUGAGUAAUGGACUAGGGAAUAUAAAGCUGUAAUGUAGACUCCCGUUUUAGCUUGUGUGUCUAUUGACUUGAUCAUCCAUGUGUGAGUAGCCUAGAAUUUUAGAUUUUUGAAUUUGCUUUUUAAUAAGUUUUUUUCCUGCAGAGUUACAGUGUUUUUUAUGUGUGCUUGUAUGUACUGUGAGCUGGUUUCCAUUUUAUCUAUUAGUCAAGCCACCUUCCAGGCAGGCAUAGAUUAGAUCCCUUCAGAAAAAAAAAAUAAAAAUUCAAAAAAAACUCAAUAUAUUGAUACAACCCUGCGUUAAUCAACACAGAGUUGUAUCUGUACAUUGUGUGUUAAGUUAUAGUUUGUAUCGUUACUUCUACGCCUCACAGUUCCAAAUGCUGGGUUUUUUUAUGAAAAACUAUCCGGACUGAAUGAUGCCCUGCACUGCACAGCAACUAUUACACAAAAGCUAUCAAAAAAAAAAGACCUCACAAACUAUUUUAUUUUGUCUCUGUCAGUUUUAUUUAAAUUUUGUUGAUUUUUCCUGUUACGGUAAUGUAAUAAUAAACCACUCUUUUGUCUUG